CAUACAUGUUCCAGGAAUGGGUAGACCCUGACAUUAUUGAGACCGGGUGAGAUAUUAGAACUACACAUAUUUACAUUCAGAUUCUGAUCCGCUCAAGCAUGUGCCAGUAACUUUGCCCUCGACAAGGAAGAAAAACGAAUGAUUUGCGUGAGCUAAGGUAGAUCAUCGAACAAUCUGAGAGAUAAGAUUGCCGUUUCGGGCUCCUUGUUAUUCUGCGUGAAUCCAGUACUUUGUAAAUCAUUACAGUAUACUAUAUCUCGAUGAAUGAGGGUAAAUACCACCACUAAACACGAUUGGAUAUGCAAACCGGUGAUGUUCUGGAUUAGGCCAGCACCAUGGAGACACUCGGUAGCAAGAGAGAGAUGGCACUUCCACCCCGCUCUUCCCAGGCAAUAGGAACUCCAACCCUGAGCACUUCACAGGCAAUAGGAACUCCGACCCUGAGCUCUUCCCAGGCAAUAGGAACUCCGACCCUGAGCUCUUCCCAGGCAAUAGGAACUCCGACCCUGAGCUCUUCCCAGGCAAUAGGAACUCCGACCCUGAGCUCUUCCCAGGCAAUAGGACCUCUGACCCUGAGCUCUUCCCAGGCAAUAGGAACUCCGACCCUGAGCUCUUCCCAGGCAAUAGGAACUCCGACCCUGAGCUCUUCCCAGGCAAUAGGAACUCCGACCCUGAGCUCUUCCCAGGCAAUAGGAACUCCGACCCUGAGCUCUUCCCAGGCAAUAGGACCUCUGACCCUGAGCUCUUCCCAGGCAAUAGGACCUCUGACCCUGAGCUCUUCCCAGGCAAUAGGACCUCUGACCCUGAGCUCUUCCCAGGCAAUAGGAACUCCGACCCUGAGCUCUUCCCAGGCAAUAGGACCUCUGACCCUGAGCUCUUCCCAGGCAAUAGGACCUCUGACCCUGAGCUCUUCCCAGGCAAUAGGAACUCCGACCCUGAGCUCUUCCCAGGCAAUAGGAGCUCAAACCGUGAGCUCUUCCCAGGCAAUAGGAGCUCCGCCCCUGAGGAAUUUCACCAUUCCCAGGAGGAAGAGGGGAGAUGGAAAAGCUCUUUUGGAUGUCUGCCUCAAAGAGAGCAGGGACUAUAGUCUGAUACAGACAACUCUGAAUGAGUCCCGAUUGGACAUGGGCAAGGAGAUAUCCCUCAGCUGGCAGUGGGAUGAUGUCACGCUAAUACACAACGAGGAGCUUCUGCGAGAGUUCUCUGAAAAAAGAUCUGAAAUGCGUUUAAAGGAUAGACACGUCAGAGAAAUGGAGGAGAGGUUCUGUUUUUUAGUCACCUCUGACCAAAAAGCUAAGCAAAUGUAUCAACACGGACUGAAGGUUGAGAACUCGGAUCAACACUCUCUGGGAAACCCUUCAUAUGGAGUCUAUUUGCACAGGCACGCUGAUGUGGCCCUGAAAAAUAUCAGCGGAAACACCCCUGCUGGAAAAAUCCUCAUCAUUUUCAAGGUUCUCUUUGGCAAGGUGAAAAAAGUACCUCCAUGUUAUGGAAGGAACAGCACACAUGAUCCAACGGUGAAUUACGAUUGUCACGUGUCCAAAGACCCCGCUGUACCGAGGGACAGCUUGUCUCUGCAAGUUUUGAGCUCGUCGGUGUUCCUGUUUGACUACAACGAAAACCAGGAGCUAAAACAGAGACCAAGGCAAUGUUUGCCAUAUGCUAUGAUUUCAUUGGUUCCUUCUGUAAAUUCUUCUCCAACUAGCACUCCAGUUCCAUCUGUAAAACUGGGGCCAAAGACAAAGGAUUCAGCGGCAUGUUUGGAAACCUGCACCGUGGCUCAAAGAGUGGGUAGAGGUCAGAAUGCGACUGUGACAUUAAAACAUUUUGGGACAACUGAAAGUCCAUUGCCUGGAUACAGAUCAAACUUCCAAAACAUUACAUCAAUCCCAAACCAAUUGUAUCACAAUGGAAGUGACCAACCCCCACCGCCUCCACUACACAUUAGUCCCUGCGACCAGCCCCCACCACCCCCACCACCCUUUAGUCCCUGCGACCAGUCCCCACCACCUCCACCGCCCUUUAGUCCCUGCGACCAGUCCCCACCGCCCAUUAGUCCCUGCAACCAACCUCCAACACCUUUUAGUUCCUGUGUCCAGCCCCCAUCACCCUUUAGUUCCUGUGUCCAGCCCCCAUCACCCUUUAGUUCCUGUGUCCAGCCCCCAUCACCCUUUAGUUCCUGUGUCCAGCCCCCAUCACCCUUUAGUUCCUGUGUCCAGCCCCCAUCACCCUUUAGUUCCUGUGUCCAGCCCCCAUCACCCUUUAGUUCCUGUGUCCAGCCCCCAUCACCCUUUAGUUCCUGUGUCCAGCCCCCAUCACCCUUUAGUUCCUGUGUCCAGCCCCCAUCACCCUUUAGUUCCUGUGUCCAGCCCCCAUCACCCUUUAGUUCCUGUGUCCAGCCCCCAUCACCCUUUAGUUCCUGUGUCCAGCCCCCAUCACCCUUUAGUUCCUGUGUCCAGCCCCCAUCACCCUUUAGUUCCUGUGUCCAACUUCUACCACCUUUUAGUUCCUGUGUCCAACGUCCACCACUUUUUAGUUCCUGUGUCCAACCCCCACCGUCUCCAUCCCCCUUUAGUCCCUGCGACCAGCCCCCACCACCCUUUAGUUCCUGGGCCGCUCCUUUACCACCACCAUUCACUGGUUCAAUUACCUUCUUGGAAGACAAUGGACUGGUUACUGACCCUAUACAUUUACAGAUCCCAAGCCAUGCUGGAACAGCUCAAUUUGACCAUAAUAAACCCCACUUAGGUAACCAAGUUCAGUCUUGUCAACGAGUUUCGAACACCCUGUCCACGGACCAGGAUAACUUAUGGCGACAGUCUACAUCUGCAACAGGUGCAUUGGAACCAGUCUCUACUAUAGUUUAUUCUUCACGUGUGAUUAAGGAUCCCAGAUUGUCGGCACGAGAAACUAACAACAUGCAGAGAUCGAUUUCAAUGGAGUCAGAGAGCGGUCAACAAACAGGUACCUCUGUCUGCAUAUUGACUGUGAAGCCAGAGCAUAAGAAUCUCCAAAAUGUACCAAAACAGGAGAAAAAUCUCAUGGAAACUGGAAAAAAGAAUGAUCCAUGCCAGCCUGAUACACCAAUAGAUUGUCCUACUUUGGUGAAUAUUUCAGCUCCAUCCUCUGUAAUACCUACAACUGAGAAUCAUCCAUCGUCUAGAAUGCUUAAAAUGAAGUUCCAGAAGUAUUCUCCAUAUUUUCAUCUGACCAAAGAGGAGAGGAAGGCAAAAAUUGGUUCUCUACAACAUCUGUCAUUUGAUGAGAAAAAUACAUUAUUAGAGAGAACCAAUUUUUAUGCAACCUAUUUUCAGAAGUCCAGGUGUCUACUCAAUCAAAAUGACAAGGUCACCACAGUCGACCCUGGGCUGCUAUGUAAACCAGGAAGUAUAAAAAGUUGCUUGUCCAGCACAGACUCAGUGGAGAUGUGCAACAGUCCUCAAAAGACUCAUGAGGACAGCAGUGCAUACUUACCCCAGCAGGUGAGACAACAUAAUCUGCCCCAGUACACCACAAAUGGUGAUCAGAAUUUAAAACCUAUCCCAGAAAUUUCAGCCCAUAAUCCAUCAAUUGUCUGUGGGGCUGUGGAGGAAAACGUGGCCCUCCAACUUGAGAGGAACACAGGCAAUAUGGAACCAGAGGACAUGAACCUUUGCAGCCCAGAACCCACCACUACAUGUCUCACAGAAACGAAAGAGGAUGCGCACAAAGUUACUGUGGAACCACAAGAUGAAAUGGCAAUGAAAAAUGACUCACCGAUUCCAUUCCAUCCCCAGACUGUCAAACAAACUGCAACCUCUGAAAGCUGGCAGGACACAGAGGCAAGCUCCAAACCAAAUUCCGUAAGAGAUGAAAAAAAUCUAAACAUUGUACCUGAAAUCGCUGAGGGAAACAGACAGAGCAGAGAACUGAAGUGUGAACCAAUCUUAGCAGAGAAAAAAAAAACAAAUGCUGUAAGUUCAGUGGAUGACACAAUGGCGAACGAAAAUCCCUCAGAACCAAGGUGUCCAGUCAUUUAUGAGAGCCAAACUGAUAUCAUGGAUGCUUGUGAAGAGGUUUGUGGUACGGAAACAUCAGAGGAAGUUAUGAGUGUCAAAGCCUUCUGUCCUGGAGUCAUGUCAAGGCGAAAUCAUGAAAGGCUUUUGCAGGAAGACAGAGAAUGUUAUGGAAUUGGCCAACAUCAACUAAAUGAAUCCAAUACAUUUUCUACCUGUGAUGACUUAGCUGAUAAUACUGAGGAAUGUCAGGCUGAUGAUUCAAAAGCCAAAGAUACAGUCUAUAGUUUCUUGUAUAACAGGCUGCAACUCAGUGAGCUCUUUCUUUCACCUAAUCAGCAUGGAUCAUACUCAAUUUCUGGUAAACAUUACCUUAAACCAAAAUGCAAAGACAGUCCUAUGGACACCAAUAAAUCACUCCUUCCGUCCUGCAACACAAACCAAGUAGACAUCGGAGAGGGAUGUAACCUUCGCAUCACAAUAGAUGCUGAUAGAGAAUUGUCCGCUGUCACGGAAUCACCCUCUCUGUCCAAGAGAUUUUCAGUGUCAGAAUGUCCUCAAGGAACUCAAGCCUCACCAACUGUACAGGAAAAUGACAAGUUUAGCAACAACAACAUUAUCAGUGAAAACACACCCAUUGACGGUGUUCUGAAAACAUCCACCUACUACAUCACCUUCAACAGAGCACAUGCCCGCAAUGCCAAAUUAAUCAAAAUGAUGGCAGAGAAAUACAAAGGGAAGGAAAAUGCAUCAGUGAGGAUAAUGAGAAAUCAUCAACAUUCAAGACUGAAGAAGAGAUUGAUCGUUGAAAAAUCCACCACUGACAUUCCAUACUCAGAAAUAUCAAGAUCAACCCAUGAAGCCAUUACAGGUCAUAUGCCAUUUAUGCAGAGGGAAAAAGACUGUUUGAAUGUUUCCCACAAAAACAGGAACUUGAAACGAAAAACCCUUUUCCCCAAUAAGGUCACAAGAAAUGCCAGAGAGAACAAACGCAAAUCAUGUUUUAAAUUUAAAUCAAAGGUUGCAGCUCACAACAUUUCUGUGUCAGACGUGUUAAAGACCUCAACGCGAGUUCCCAUAAAAUCAAAAAAAAGCACUAUCCUGAAGAUGAUAAUAGAUUUUAGGAGAAAAAAACGUUGGGGGACAUUCAAUCACAACAGAAUGUACAGUCAAAGCAACGUGUGCAAUGCUCCUGCAAAGUAUAUUACUUCCAGCCCAACGUCAGAUGAUACUAAACGUCAGAGAGGUAAUCGUUUCGAGAAGAAACAUUUGAAGACACCAAAGAGACAGUUAGAAACAAAUAUGUCUAUGAGAGAUGGAAAUGAAAAGAUCAACGAGGAAAAGCAGAUAGCUGAUGCUGUUGACACAACCUUAACUUCGUCGACCAUAGAAAUAGUCAAUGAAGAGGCUUCAAAAUCUACUUCUGGGAGCACCGCGAGCAACUUUGUGGAAGACAUUCAACACAUUGAGGAAGCAAAGGAUCUAUCUAAAAGCAGAACUUGCAAUGAAGGCAAGCCACAUGACACAGAAACAUCUCAGGAAACCCAGAGCAAUUGCACUUCCCCUCAGAACAGAUUACCUCCACCGAAAUGCACCAGUAUUAUGGCUAUAAGUCAAGACAAUGAGGGAAUAACUGAGUUUAAAAAACACGAGGUGGAUCUGCUGAAAGAAAAGGCAUUACAAGCUCAUACACACUCUAUAAAAGAGGUGGAAGAGGCCAACAGUCAUAUGGCGCCUGCUAAAGAGAUCAUUUCAGCUUCUGAGAACAUGGAGUUUCCCUUAGAUGCUGCCAUCAAGAUUCUUUGCGGCAGUGAGUUAAAUUCAAGCACACCCAAACCACAGGAAGAGAUAGCUCGGGUGUUGAAGCACAAGUAUGGUCAAAUGGAGACAGAAAAAGCAGACACAUCAGAUAGAACACAUUACUGCAACUCACUGGAACAAGAAGACACACCCUCCAAGGAAGUGAAACUAAUCACUAGAUUAAGAGAUUACUUGACAAAUUUUGAGUCCAUAGUUAGGAAACCCGAGCCAAAGACAUCAGAUACACUCUGUGAAACUGCAACGAAUUUGCCACAGAUUUGUGAAACUAUCCAGAAUAAUGUCAAUGACCAUAAGGAGAAACCAGUUCACCUGGUUGUCCUUGACAGGGUGGAGUUGCGCAAUCUGAGACCUAAUGCAAUUCCUUUCCCAAUAAAGAUAUGCACUCCGAUUAUCAACACAGACAAUGACCUGAUUCAUAGUAAAGAACAGGAACACAAGGAGAAAACACGAGGGAACAAAACAAAUUAUUACAGCAUUCCUUGCAUUAGCCCUGAUAGUACUUCCAUGUUGGAAGUCCCUGAAAAGUCCACUCAAACUCCUAUGGACAAGAAAACAACUGAAGCAGAAAUCUCCACAAGUGUGCCUGACAUUAACCAUAGGAUUACAAUUGCAGAAAAUGAUGCCUCAAGAGAACAGCAAAGACAGCCAAAUUGCACUAUUGAUGCAAACAACAUGAUCAUGCUCAAAGCACUAGCAGAAAUAGAACCAGAGAAUUCUGAAUUUUGUAAAACAAAAGAAAACACCAACCAGAAGCCAACAAGCCACAUUGUAAGGUUGAACACUAAGACUUUUCAUAGAAACUUCAGUGUGGCUGAUAUCUCAAAUGCACUAAAGCAUGGAGACAAAGUAGCUUCCUUGGCUGAACUUUGCACGUUGCGAACUGAAUGCAAAGUCAUGAUGCAGUACUUCAUCUUAAACUUUGAGGAAAAACAGAAUGUUGAGGUCAAUAGAACUAUCGUCUCAAGAGAUCAGAUUUUAGAGCGAUAUCUGGACCGUCCUCCUGUACCAAUGGAACUGAAGUACGAGGCGUUGAAUUCUUUCCUGGAACUGCAGAUAAUGAUGGAGGCCUGGCAAUUUGUAGAUAACAAGAUGCGAUUUUUGAGUGGACAAUCUACAUUUAGGAGUCUGCUGUGGUACGAUCCCACUCUGUAUGGGGAACUCUUUAAAGGGAAGGUGGGAUUUCAGCAGCAGUCCUCUUUAUAUUCAUCUUUCCAACAAAGCCUCAUCAACGAAGGCCCAAUUGCAUUGCAGAGGUACCAUUUAGCUGUCUCUACAUUGAAUGAACAGCUGAAAAGGGCCCCAGAAAUGUCUUACUACAUGUAUCUCAAAAGCAAAAGAGAGAGGCUGGAGAUUGAGGCUGCAUUACGAAACCCCUCAGACAUAGAGAGUUUCUUCCUCUCUGUACCACUGUCUUGCAUGGUCAAUUUUGGCGACAGUGUGGAAAGUUUACAGAGGGUCCAGAGGCUUGUGACGACUUUCACAGAGACUCCUGCAGACAAAUUAGAAGACGGAUUCGAUGUUGGAAAGGCUGAGCACCUUGCCAUGGUGUUCCGAUUUCUUCAGGAGAAAAUCUACUAUUUGAAAGCUUGCAGCAACACGAUGGUCAGCAAGACGUCUUGGUUUGGCAUGGAACACAUCCUGUAUGACACUUCGAAGAUGCUGGUGUGGAGGGACACGAAACAGGCUGGGUCAGAUGAGCCGCAGGUGAAAUACAAGAAAGCAAAUCCACAAAUUGUCUAUGGGGUGACUGAAUCUGGUGUCUCACUUUUGCAUACAAGUGUGUCAAAGAGGACCCAGCUCAUGGUUAAGACUGGGACCUCAGCACAGAGAUUCAGAGGUCGGAGUCGGGGGAGGCCGCCUAUGGAGAACACUCACUGUGCUGAGAAGAAAUUUCCUCAACAUGGGUCUUUGCCGAUAAUAGACCUCACAAAAUCCCCUAACAGGGAUAACCCAGAUGUAUACCACUGGGCCAAAGCCCCAAGCAACCCUGCAGCCCAUUUCCAGGCUUGGACACACCAAGAAAACCUUUUUAAGAGCCAGGUAGUAAACUGGGGUGAAAGGUCACAUGAUAUGCAAGCCAUGGAGAGGAAUAUCCCUGCAUCUUCCUUAUCCCGACCCGUGCCAACAUACCCUGAAAUCAGAGCCUGUCUGAGGACUAGUAAAAAUGGGACAGCGUCAAACUCACAGAUCCAGUUACCUGCCUCAAUGGGAGGGGUGGGAAGUAAACCAGAUGGGAGGCAACAGUGGGCCAUGAGCUGGAUUCCCCAUAACCCCCAGAACAUCACAGGAAGUGAUCUGAGGCCAAUGCAUCCUCUGUGGAUUGGUGUUGGGGACAAUGGUCAUCCCCCCAUCGGGGAGCCUGUCCUCUUAGAGCAAACUAAUCUGUCUUCCUGGUCUAGUCUGCCUUCUUCUCCUCCAUCUGUACCAGCAGGAAAUACAGCACAACAAUCUCUGCACUCCCUCCCAGCUCUCGCUACCACUACAAAUAAUUUCCCUCCCAUAUGUGAGCCCCUUCCUAUAAAUUACCCAUUUUUCCUCCUGAAUGGUCAGACCUAUUCCACUGCCAAUCCUGAAUUAUCCACAGCAACUCUUGACAACAGAGGGAGAUUGCCUCCCUAUGUAGAGUAGUGCUGCUUCUUUAUCAACUUUUAUGGAACAGGUUUAUAAAGCAAAUAAGGACCUUUAGAAAAUAAGGAAGUGCUGGUGUUUCCGUGUUUAAAUACUGAACUGGAUCAGGAAACAAAUAUCCGUCAAAAAAUAAGGAACUCAACGGGGAGUUGGAAACAAAAGGAUUUGAGUUAAUUUAUUUCAUGUUGAAUUCACUAUUUUAAGUUAAUUUAAUUUGUUUCGUGUUUGUUGUACUUUUUUGUUGUUGUUGUAACUAUUUCUUUUGUAUAUAAUAUCAAACACGUUGUCAAUUGCUGAUAAGCAAUAUCUGAUUGAAAGUCUUAUUUUCUGACCAAAAUGAAUUGUAUAAAGUGUUGUUAACUUAUUCCUCAAAGUGGAUUAUAUUGUUAUUUUGUAAUAUCGAAUUGUAAAUAAUAUUAUUUAAGUGUUUUGUUGAAUUUUAAAGAGCGCUUUUGGUUAUUAGCUUGUUUGCUUUACUCAGGAUUUUUGUGUGCUUGUCAUGUUUAGGCUACUGCUUGAGGCUUUGUUUUGUAAUCAAGUGUCACAUUGGCAAACUUAACCCUUAAUAACUAUUUCCCCAGCAGAAUUAUUUUUUGUGUGUAGGUUUACUGACAAAUAAAAUAUAUUUGUACAAAUCCA